AUGGAGGCAUCCGUCCCCGUGGGAGGUGUCACGGUGGCUCUCCUCUGCUGCUGCCUCCUGAGCUCUGCGUGGGCUCUGGUCGACCCUGAUGAUGUUCUCACAAAAGAAGAGCAGAUCUAUCUCCUGGUGGAGGCCAAGGAGAAGUGUCAGAGGGACAUAAAGGCCCAGCUGGAGAAGAUCAGAGGUAUUGUCCCUCCCCUGUGCGUGGUCAGCCAGCCCCGGUGGAGAGGGUCACACCGGACAUGUUGGGGCAUCCCACGGGCCCUUCUGCUGUCACAGUGCCCUUUGCUGUCCCCAGGUCACGCCUACAGGUACUGCAGUGCCUACGGGACCUGGGCCAUGGCCCUCAGCAUCAACAAGACCUGGGCCAACUACACGGAGUGUGCUCUGCUCUUCUCCUCCGAGGGCCGGAGCCGCGAGAAGGAGGUGUUUGACCGCCUGCACCUGAUGUACACGGUGGGCUACUCCAUCUCCCUGGCCUCCCUCAUCGUCGCCGUCUGCAUCCUCUCCUACUUCAAGCGCCUGCACUGCACACGGAAUUACAUCCACGUCCACCUCUUCACCUCCUUCAUCUGCCGGGCCAUCAGCAUCUUCAUCAAGGACAUGGUGCUCUACUCAGGCCCCCUGGCCAGCGAGACCGACAGGGUGAGGGAGGACGACUUCAAGGCUGGAAUGGGACCCUCGCAGGGACAACGGAGCCACCUGGUCGGCUGCAAGGUGGUGGUGACUCUCUUCCUCUAUUUUCUGGCCACCAACCACUACUGGAUCCUGGUGGAAGGUCUCUACCUGCACAGCCUGAUCUUCAUGGCCUUCCUCUCCAACAAGAGCUACCUGUGGGUGCUCAUCAUCAUCGGCUGGGGUCUCCCUGCCGUGUUUGUGUCCGUCUGGGCCAGCGUCAGGGCCUCGCUGGCAGACACAGAGUGCUGGGACCUCAGUGCAGGGAACAUGAAGUGGAUUUAUCAGGUCCCCAUCUUGGCUGCCAUCGUGGUGAACUUCUUCCUCUUCCUCAACAUCGUCCGGGUUCUGGCCUCCAAGCUCUGGGAGACCACCACGGGCAAGCUGGACCCCCGGCAGCAGUACAGGCAAGUGCGGGCAGCAGCAAAGCCUCCCCGGUCCAGCCUGGCUCCUGUCCUGCCUGGUCAGCCUGAACAGCUCCCAGAGGGUUGUGGAUGA